AUGGCCGAUUCCGCAUCACCUCCUCGCUCGCUGCCGGCGUCUCCUUCGUUCCAAAUCACUCGCUCCGAGCGCUCAUCCCCGCGACCUUCGCUCUCCAUUGAUCUCUCCAACAUUCCUCCACUCUCGCAACCAACGCCACCCUCCAACACCCUCCUGAUCACCGAGCUGCACGACCUCAUUCUCUUCCAGCCCUCCUCGCUAGAAGCCAUCCGCAACCAAAUCACCGUCGUCGCGCGCCUGAACUCCUUCUCACCGCUUCCCUCUUUCCGUCGCAUCAUCUGCUCCUUCCACUCUGAUGAUGACGCGGUUGCGGUUCGCAAGAUGCUCGAGGGAACUCGCCUGCUGAACCGGAAUGUGCGACCGCGCAUCUACUUCGGCGAGCCGACCCCCAUCCUGACUGAGGAGGAGGCUCGCCGUAAGCAGCUGCUCGAGGCCCCGCAGCUCGACAAGCUCUUCUUCAUCUCCCCGCCACCCAGCCCGCCCCACGGCUGGCAGAUGCGCAACGAGGACCCACCUAACAAGGAGGUGCACGCUGGUGAUCUCGCCAGCGCCCUGGCCAUGCUUAAGACCAACCCACCGGAGGUGAUGAGCGUCGACCCUGCCACCCCUGUUUCCGUUACCUCCGAUACGCGCACUGGCAGCUGGCCGCUGGCGGGCUCGCAGCAACGGAGCCGCAGUAGUACGAUAAUCUACAACCCUGAGGACCACGGCCACAGCCCGAAUCUGCCGGCUGUUAUGGUCGAGGAUAUGACUCUCGCGGUGGACGAGGACGAGGAUGUUGAUAUGGAUGGAGAACUGAGCCCCAUUGAGAUGUCUGUCCAGAAGAUGCCACCGAAGACGGCGCGGCCGCCGGUGGAACUGAUGGGCUAA